UCACUCCUCCUCCCUUCUUCCAUCCUCCACUAGCCAUCUCUUUCUGCUGCUAAGAAAGAUGAAGGCAUCCAUCCUCUUCAUGUGUGUUUUGCUCUGCGGCCUCCUCCUCAACCAGGCUCCAACAACCACGGCGGCGACGUGCGACCCCUCCGAGCUGAGCCCAUGCGCCGGUGCAAUCCUGUUCUCGUCUCCGCCGUCCUCUGCUUGCUGUGCUGAGCUCAAGGCGCAGCAGCCCUGCUUCUGCCAGUAUGCGAAGAAUCCAAACUUGAGCGGCUACAUCAACUCCCCCAACAGCCGGAAAGCGGUUGCUGCCUGCGGCGUGUCGAUUCCUCGCUGUUGAUCUGGCCAAUAAUGCUCGCUUUCUCUCAAGAGAGUUUCCUGAGAGAGUGAGAGAACCUUAGCUAUGGAUGCAAACUAUAUGGUGAUGGAGUGUUUGUAGUGUUAAUGACUGCCAUGUGUUGGUGAAUGCUGGUUGUCUGUUCCAGGUGUAUCUAAUGAAGUAUGGACUAUCUUAAAUAAUCGCGAGUACUGGAGUUGUUCGCGAGAACUGGCUUUUUAAAAAAAAAAAAAAAAUUCAGUUUCAA